GCUCCAUAUUUCGCGGUCGCGCGCGAGGUUGUUGCAUCGUUGUUCUGAGGCGCAACUCUGAUGCACUCAAUUUGAAGAGCGGAGACUCGCACCAUCCUCGCUCGAACCAGUUGUGAAAAUUCACUGAACAGUGUUUUACGCAGAAAUUGUCCGAUUUCGUGCUCCUCACUGGUGUUUUACAGGGAUAACACUCAGCGCUCAUACGCCCAUAGCUUCCCCAUCAUGUCAAGAUCGCAUUAAUAUCACUCGGUGUAUCUCGCUACCUAAACCAACCACGACAUAACAUCCCACAGCCUACUUUGCGCCAAAACAGCCCAUCCUAAAGUCGCAAUGUCUCGCUCACCAUCGCCGCCUCCUAAAAAUACCAUCGACCGACAGACAACGACGCCUUUCCUCCUCAACUUCUGCUAUCGAUCAUCCGCGUUCCACAGUCUGACGGACUUUCCUGUUCCGACGCCCUCAAAUCCUCGACCCCACCUCCCCGCCCAUUUACAGAUAUACACAUGGAUGAACUGCACACUAAGAGAGCUGGCGCAUCUGUUGACCCAGGCACUGCCCAGCAUCGUCCCCGAUCCGAGCAUCGGCACGCGACUGAGCUUCCGUCUAGUCUAUCCUGAUCUCCACGCUAGUCGAGGCGGAGGAGGUCGACUAGAGACUGAAGGACGAGCGCGGUAUCUUAGUAAAGAGAUGGGCAGUGUGUUUAUAUCGGCGCCGGAGUCCGAUUCCGCCAACGGCGAUAGAGACGGCAAGGCUUCUGCGCCAUUUACACUCGAGGGCGAUGAUGCGGACAAGACUCUCGAGGACUUGAGAUUUGUUAUUGGCGAUUUCAUUGAUUGUGCUGUUUUCCCGCCGCUCAGCGACGGCACCGUCGUCGGUCGAGGGAGUGUCGGCGCACGAGGGGGUGGUGGACCGAGGGAGAAUGGGUAUGGCAGAGUGAGAGGUGGUGGGUAUGGAUUGGGCAGAGGCGGCGCGCAUAAUGGCUACGCAGGGUCUCGUGCAGGUGAUUUCGGCCCUCCUGCUAGUAUUCCCAGCGGUGAGUGGAGGAGAGGCGAGAAGUUACCAGACUCGGGAUACCGAGGUGGAGGUGGCCGGGGUGGGAGGAGGGGUUAUUGAAAAGUGCUCAUGACCUGCGGAUUCUGCCUCAGUGAGAUGGCCUGGUUCGGUCUAUUGUCCAAGGGGCUUGCCGUCGGAAUGCUGCCGCCGCGUCUGCUCUCUGGAGUAGGUCACCUCGGACCACAGCGGUUUGCUUCGAGACCGGUGCUGAUGUCUGUUUCCAGCACCCGGUUACCGUUCUCGGGCCUCUCGGGCAGCGUGCUUGCUGUCCCAUCCUUCGGCCAAACUCCACAAAUCAGAGACGAUGAACCUUCAAAGACCAAAGACCGUCUCCAGAUGAGAAAGCACGUGGAAAACGGCUGCGUGGAAAGAAGGAGGCCGCUCGCGGAGCGGGCCUCACACUGGAGACUCACCGCCGACCAAUAAGACCAGCCGCAAGCUGGAAAGGAGUACAAUGUUUGAAAUUCCGCAUCUUGGGUCUUAUUUGUGUCGGGAACUUCAGGCUUAUGAACGACAGGUGUUUACAUAACCUGCAGCAGCAGAUCAAUACCUCUCGGAAACAGAUGAGCUGGGCCCAAAGUAUUGCUAUGUUGCUCUCCCCCUUCAAGCCAUUCUUUGUAGUCUGCAACUUCAGAGGCGGUAUCGUACUACUAAGUCUAUUUCUGCCUUCCUGGUAUGCAGGACUGUAUGUUGUAUGUCGU